UCCUGCUUGUCUCCACCCCCUUCUCUGACUCUUGUCCUUUCCACUUCUCUAUUCUCCGUUUCCUCGUUCCCCUCAGUUCCCUUCUUGCCCAAACCUCAGUGCCCACAUAAGUUGGUAAACCACUCAAAUCAAGACCUGGGGUAAAGUUGGGAGGGAAAGGGCUAUAGUGGGGUCUGAGGGAAUGUUGACGGGCAGUUUAGCACAGAUAAAUCUCUGAACCAGCCGGGCAUGGUGGCUCACGCCUGUAAUCCCAGCACUUGGGAGGCCGAGGCGGAUGGAUCACCUGAGAUCAGGAGUUCGAGACCAGCCUGAUCAACAUGGAGAAACCCCAUUUCUACUAAAAAUACAAAAUUAGCAGGGCGUGGUGGCGCAUGCCUGUAAUCCCAGCUACUCGGGAGGCUGAGACAGGAGAAUUGCUUGAACCCAGGAGGCAGAGGUUGCGGUGAGCCGAGAUGGCGCCAUUGCACUCCAGCCUGGGCGACAGAGCAAGACUCCGUCUCAAAAAAAAAACAAAAACAAAAACAAAAAACUGAACCGGGUGGAGUGUAAAAUGGCAGAUGUAGACAGCCUUUCCUGAGCGUGAGAGUCUCCUCAUUCUAUGGGUUAGGAAUUGGUCAUUGAAGGGCUGACGCUUAAGAGCCCAGAUCUCCCAACUCCCUUAGUUGGCCCUUCCGGGAGCCGCCCGGUCUCUUGUGCAGGAAGGGGAAGGGGCCAAAGCGUGGGGGAAGGCGUGGCAGGAAGGGGGGGACUCUGUGGUCAGGGAACUGCUCACUGAGCACAGCUGCACAGUGCUGUCAGAACGGCCGAUCUCCAGCCCAAGAUGAUUCCAGCAGUGGUCUUGCUCUUACUCCUUUUGGUUGAACAAGCAGCGGCCCUGGGAGAGCCUCAGCUCUGCUAUAUCCUGGAUGCCAUCCUGUUUCUGUAUGGAAUUGUUCUCACCCUCCUCUACUGUCGACUGAAGAUCCAAGUGCGAAAGGCAGCUAUGGCCAGCUAUGAGAAAUCAGAUGGUGUUUACACGGGCCUGAGCACCAGGAACCAGGAGACUUACGAGACUCUGAAGCAUGAGAAACCACCACAAUAGCUUUAGAAUAGAUGCGGUUAUAUUCUUCUUCGGCUUCUGGUUCUUCCACCCCUCGUGGUUGGCAUCACAUAUGCCUGCAUGCCAUUAACACCAGCUGGCCCUACCCCUAUAAUGAUGCCGUGUCCUAAAUUAAUAUACACCAGUGGUUCCUCCUCCCUGUUAAAGACUAAUGCUCAGAUGUUAUUUACGGAUGUUUAUAUUCUAGUCUCACUCUCUUGUCCCACCCUUCUUCUCUUCCCCAUCCCCAACUCCAGCUAAAAUAUGGGAAGGGAGAACCCCCAAUAAAGCUGCCAUGGACUGGAC